GCAGUCAAACUCGCUCUCCCUUCCUUCUUCUAACAACAACGCCUUCUUCCUUCCGCCAACUCAGACUCAAAGAAAAUGGUUUUAGGCGGUGGAGCAGCUCCCCCAAGAGGAAGUGCCGCAGCUACUGCGAGCAUGCGUAGGAGGAGGACGACGACAAGCGGUGGUGGUGCUUCUGGAGGUGCAGCCGGGACUAUGCUCCAGUUCUACACUGACGAUGCCCCUGGACUCAAGAUCUCCCCAAAUGUUGUUCUCAUCAUGAGCAUUGGUUUCAUUGGCUUUGUUGCUGUUCUUCAUGUCAUGGGAAAGCUCUACUUUGUGCGCUCUUAGAGAGGUGCUCUGUAGUCUGUACUAAACAUAGGAAACAAAGUUCAAUAUGGUGUUCUUUUUAUCAUGAAAUAAUAAUAGUCUAGUUAUGAAAAGAAAUCACAGUUUUAUCAAAUCUUCAUUGUACUAAUUGAAUUGAAUGUUUGGAACGGUUCUAGCUGUUUCAGGUCUGAGUUUAGUAGAAUCAGAGGCUGCUUUUAGAUACUAAAAUUUUGGUCUCAUCUACAAUUUGAA